AUGGCUCCGACGGCGAAGGUAGACAACGAGGAGCUCCGGCGACUCAAGGAGGUUAACAUUGACGAAGCUCCGGCGCGUCGUCAUGUUCGCGAUUCCUUAAAAGACAUUCAGCAAAAUCUCGAUCAUAUCCUCUUCAAGACGCCAGGAGAUGGAAUUAAGACUAAGGAGUCUUAUGAGUUGAAUUCAAGAGGAGUAGAGAUCUUCUCCAAAAGCUGGCUUCCUGAAGCUUCCAAGCCCAGAGCUUUGGUUUGUUUCUGCCAUGGUUAUGGAGACACAUGCACGUUUUUCUUCGAAGGGAUUGCAAGGAGAUUGGCAUUGUCAGGAUAUGGAGUUUUUGCUAUGGACUAUCCGGGAUUUGGCUUAUCCGAGGGCUUGCACGGUUAUAUCCCAAGCUUUGAUCUUCUUGUUCAAGAUGUCAUUGAGCAUUACUCUAAUAUCAAAGAGAAUCCUGAGUUUAGUUCUCUACCGAGCUUUCUCUUUGGUCAGUCAAUGGGUGGAGCAGUCUCUCUCAAAAUACAUUUGAAACAACCAACUGCGUGGACCGGCGCAGUCUUGGUUGCACCUAUGUGCAAAAUUGCAGAUGAUUUGGUUCCACCACCGGUAUUGAAACAGAUUUUGAUCGGUCUAGCUACUGUUUUACCGAGACACAAGUUGGUUCCACAAAAGGAUUUAGCAGAAGCAGCGUUUAGAGAUAUCAGGAAGAGAGAAAUGACGCCAUUCAAUAUCGUCUGUUACAGCGGUAAACCGCGGUUAAAGACUGCAGUUGAAAUGCUUCGAACAACUCAGGAGAUUGAGCAACAAUUGGAAAAGGUGUCUUUGCCGAUACUGAUACUACACGGAGAGGCUGAUACAGUGACGGAUCCUUCAGUGAGCAGAGAGCUUUACGAGAAAGCGAAAAGUUCAGACAAGAAGAUAGUUUUGUAUGAAGAUGCUUAUCAUUCUCUGCUUGAAGGCGAGCCAGACGAAAUGAUCCUCCGUGUCUUGUCCGAUAUUAUCUCGUGGCUGGAUGACCAUAGCUUGCAAGCUGAGGCACCAUUAGUUACUCCUCCUGUGUAG